GCGGGGCGCGGGCCGGCAGCGGGGAGGCGCCCGCGUCCGAGGCCCAGGCCGAGCCUGAGCGCCGCGCCAUGGCGGAGACCAAGAUCAUCUAUCACAUGGACGAGGAGGAGACGCCGUACCUGGUCAAGCUGCCGGUGGCGCCCGAGCGCGUCACGCUGGCCGACUUCAAGAACGUGCUCAGCAACCGGCCCGUGCACGCCUACAAAUUCUUCUUCAAGUCCAUGGACCAGGACUUCGGGGUUGUAAAGGAGGAGAUUUCUGAUGAUAAUGCCAAGCUGCCCUGCUUCAACGGCCGUGUGGUCUCCUGGCUGGUCCUGGCUGAGGGUGCGCACUCGGAUGCAGGGUCUCAGGGCACUGAUGGACACACAGACCUGCCCCCGCCUCUUGAGCGGACAGGCGGCAUCGGGGACUCCCGGCCUCCCUCCUUCCACCCGAAUGUGGCCGGCAGCCGCGACGGGAUGGAUAAUGAGACUGGCACGGAGUCACUGGUCAGCCACCGGCGGGAGCGAGCCCGACGCCGGAACCGUGAAGAGGCAGCCCGGACCAAUGGGCACCCAAGGGGGGACCGGCGGCGGGACCUGGGGCUGCCCCCUGACAGUGCGUCCACCGUGCUGAGCAGUGAACUUGAGUCCAGCAGCUUCAUCGACUCGGAUGAAGAUGACAACACAAGCCGGCUGAGUAGCUCCACGGAGCAGAGCACCUCCUCCAGGCUCAUCCGGAAACACAAGCGCCGGCGGCGGAAACAGCGCCUGCGGCAGACAGACCGGGCUUCCUCUUUCAGCAGCAUCACGGACUCCACCAUGUCCCUCAACAUCAUCACCGUCACACUCAACAUGGAGAGGCACCACUUCCUGGGCAUCAGCAUCGUCGGCCAGAGCAAUGACCGGGGCGACGGUGGCAUCUACAUCGGCUCCAUCAUGAAGGGUGGGGCUGUUGCUGCUGAUGGCCGCAUCGAGCCGGGCGACAUGCUGCUGCAGGUGAACGACGUCAACUUUGAGAACAUGAGCAACGAUGAUGCUGUGCGGGUCCUGCGGGAGAUCGUGUCCCAGACGGGGCCCAUCAGCCUCACAGUGGCCAAGUGCUGGGACCCAACGCCCCGCAGCUACUUCACCAUCCCGAGGGCGGAUCCAGUUCGGCCCAUCGACCCAGCUGCCUGGCUGUCCCACACGGCAGCGUUGACGGGAGCCCUGCCCCGCUAUGGUACGAGCCCCUGCUCCAGCGCCGUCACGCGCACCAGCUCCUCCUCACUAACCAGCUCUGUGCCUGGCGCUCCGCAGCUGGAGGAGGCGCCGCUGACGGUGAAGAGCGACAUGGGUGCUGUCGUCCGGGUCAUGCAGCUGCCGGACUCAGGCCUGGAGAUCCGGGACCGCAUGUGGCUCAAGAUCACCAUCGCCAAUGCCGUCAUUGGGGCAGAUGUGGUGGACUGGCUGUACGCGCACCUGGAGGGCUUCCGUGAGCGGCGGGAGGCGCGCAAGUACGCCAGCAGCAUGCUGAAGCGUGGCUUCCUGCGGCAUACAGUCAACAAGGUCACCUUCUCAGAGCAGUGCUACUACGUCUUCGGGGACCUGUGCAGCAAUCUUGCCGCCCUGAACCUCAACAGCGGCUCCAGUGGGGCCUCUGAUCAGGACACGCUGGCCCCACUGCCCCACCCAGCUGCCCCCUGGCCGCUGGGUCAGGGCUACCCCUACCAGUACCCAGGGCCCCCGCCCUGCUUCCCGCCCGCAUACCAGGACCCUGGCUUCGGCUACGGCAGCGGCAGUGCCGGGAGUCAGCAGAGUGAAGGAAGCAAAAGCAGUGGGUCCACCCGGAGUGCUGGCGGGAGCAGCCGUCGGGCCCUGGGCCGCGAGAAGGAGAGCCGGUCAGCUGGAGCUGGGGGCAGUGGCAGCGAGUCAGACCACACGGCACCAAGCGGGGCGGGUGGCAGUGGCUGGCGGGAGCGUCCGCCUAGCCAGCUCAGCCGUGGCAGCAGCCCGCGCAGCCAGGCCUCAGCUGCCGCCCCAGGGCUCCCCCCACUGCACCCACUGACAAAGGCCUACUCAGUGGUGGGUGGGCCACCUGGGGGGCCACCUGUCCGGGAGCUGGCCUCUGUCCCACCAGAGCUGACGGGCAGCCGCCAGUCCUUCCAGAAGGCCAUGGGGAACCCCUGUGAGUUCUUCGUGGAUAUCAUGUGACUGAGGCGAGAGUGCCUUCAGCCCAGCCCUGCUGUGGGGAGGCCCAGGGUCCUGCUCUUGCAGGGGGGCCCUGCUCCUGGAGCUUGUGUGGGCUUGCCUUAGCGGCCAUCCCAGGUCAGACCUGUGCUUGCUGCCGUGGGGUCUGGGCCUGGACAGAGUGGCAGCAGGCUGGAGGGGAGGGGCUGAGGGCAGCCCAGACCACCGUGAUCUGGAUGGCGGCUCAUCCAUCCCUGGCUGGAGCUGUCAGUGCAGACCCUGGGCAGGAGGGGCAUCUCCCUGUGCUCAGGCAGGUCUGACACACCCCUCUUGGCGUAUGCCUCAGGGACCCCAGCUUGCCCACAGAGCUGUGCAUGGGGCCUCAAACUGAGCUGAGAGGUGGCCACUAGGCCUGGGCCCCACUGGGUUCACAGGCCCCACCCAUCUUGCUUAGGCCAGGAUUGGGGGCGUCCUCUCGGGGUUAGAAUCAUAGCCCCAAGGUCCUUCUGUGGCUGCCCAAGGUAGGGAUCUAAUUUAUUUAUUUAUUGUCUGGCCAGUGUGCUCUGUGGGGUGGUGGCCAAGUCAGCUGUCCCCUACCCCAGCCGCCAGAACAGUUUCGUGUGUCCCCCCUGCAGGGACACAGGUCAUUUCUGGAGGUGUGCGGGAAGACAGUGAGGGGCAGGCGGCAGGAUGGGGGACCCUGAGGGGGGAGGGCCACAGAUGCACACAGCUGCUGCAGGGGCAGGGUUUAGAGCAGAGGGCAUGGCCAGCUCAGCCUUCCUCGCGAUCUUGGGGUGGCCUUCCACCCACCCACACACGCACACAUACACGUCGCUUCCGUCCGGCGUCUCUGGCCUGCACAUGUCUGCACUGUAGAUAAUAUAUCUAGUUGGGAGCGUCAUCCAGAUAGUUAAUAGAGCUGCUUCUGUGUAAAUGCUAUUUUAAACACUAAAAAGCGUUUAAUUU